AUGGAAUUCGGUGAUUGCAUUGUAUACGAAAAUUCAGCUGAGCUUGAGUUCUUUUCCCCCGAUCAGCAACCAGAAACACCUGUGCCGAAAAAAAGAAAAAAACCAAGUGUAAUUUGUUCCUGGACCUACACUGCAAUACAGGAGCUGAUACAAGCUGUGGAACAGCAUCCAUGUGUUUGGCAGUAUUCAUCCACCGAGUACAAAGAUAGGAAUAAACGGGAGCAGGCAUGGCGGGAAAUUGAAAAAAUGUGUACAGGGCACACGGUGGAAGACUGCAAGGCCAAAUGGUGCAACAUUAAAACGGCCUUUCAAAAUGUAAAAAAAAAACUAAAAUCAAAAUCUGGUCAGGGAGCCGAAAAUACCAUACCACAUUGGCCGCAUUGGUCUGCAAUGCAAUUUUACAACGACCACUCUGUGUCAAAAAUGUCAAGUACAGUGUCAACAUUAGAUUUGGAUGACUCUGGAAGUACUUCACAACAUGCCGCUGCUGAGAUUGUAAAGGUAGACAAAAGUGACAUUUUGCAGCGUGCAGUUAAGUGUUUAGAUGCGGAGGAAGAUAAUUGGCACGCGAUUGGGAUGUAUUUGGCAUCACAAAUGCGAGAAAUUGCCAAGAAAAACAAGAAGGCUGCGAACAAACUGCAUUUCCAGCUUGUCAAAGUCGUAAUGGAUGCAGCUUUGGAAGCUGAAGAAGAUAAUUAA